AUGGAUUUAGGAGACACCGUUUCUCUUCCACCCAACUUUGUUCCAUUAUCUUCUGAGGACGGUGACAAUGCCAUCAGAGAUCCAAGCAAGGUAUACAUUAAGCCCCUUGCACAACUUGAAUUUCCGUCCUUAGACAUUCCCCAAGGUAGCGGAAUCGAGAGGUCCCAAUACUUUAGUGACGCAGUGCGAUUUUACAAACAAUAUGAUGAGUAUCUGGGGAAGAGGAAGACACGCUUAAAAGACCUUCAUAGGGAGCUCCUAGAUCUGCAAUACCUCACUGAGAUGGAGGUUGUUCAAAUUCUUGGAUUAGAUAUUGGAGGCUCCCGAGUGGCUUCCAGCUCAGCAUUGGACGUCCUCAAAGCUGAGCUUCCAUCGAUGAGGCAAAGGAGCUUAACCGAGGACCAAUGGAAAAAGCUUGGUAACGUCCUGGACAGAUAUUGUUCUUGA